GAGGAGAGGGCAAGGAGGAGAGGGCAAGGAGGAGAAGGCAAGGAGGAGAGGGCAAGGAGGAGAAGGCAAGGAGGAGAAGGCAAGGAGGAGAAGGCAAGGAGGAGAAGGCAAGGAGGAGAAGGCAAGGAGGAGAAGGCAAGGAGGAGAAGGCAAGGAGGAGAAGGCAAGGAGGAGAAGGCAAGGAGGAGAAGGCAAGGAGGAGAAGGCAAGAAGGAGAAGGCAAGAAGGAGAAGGCAAGAAGGAGAAGGCAAGAAGGAGAAGGCAAGAAGGAGAAGGCAAGAAGGAGAAGGCAAGAAGGAGAAGGCAAGAAGGAGAAGGCAAGAAGGAGAAGGCAAGAAGGAGAAGGCAAGAAGGAGAAGGCAAGAAGGAGAAGGCAAGAAGGAGAAGGCAAGAAGGAGAAGGCAAGAAGGAGAAGGCAAGAAGGAGAAGGCAAGAAGGAGAAGGCAAGAAGGAGAAGGCAAGAAGGAGAAGGCAAGAAGGAGAAGGCAAGAAGGAGAAGGCAAGAAGGAGAAGGCAAGAAGGAGAAGGCAAGAAGGAGAAGGCAAGAAGGAGAAGGCAAGAAGGAGAAGGCAAGAAGGAGAAGGCAAGAAGGAGAAGGCAAGAAGGAGAAGGCAAGAAGGAGAAGGCAAGAAGGAGAAGGCAAGAAGGAGAAGGCAAGAAGGAGAAGGCAAGAAGGAGAAGGCAAGAAGGAGAAGGCAAGAAGGAGAAGGCAAGAAGGAGAAGGCAAGAAGGAGAAGGCAAGAAGGAGAAGGCAAGAAGGAGAAGGCAAGAAGGAGAAGGCAAGAAGGAGAAGGCAAGAAGGAGAAGGCAAGAAGGAGAAGGCAAGAAGGAGAAGGCAAGAAGGAGAAGGCAAGAAGGAGAAGGCAAGAAGGAGAAGGCAAGAAGGAGAAGGCAAGAAGGAGAAGGCAAGAAGGAGAAGGCAAGAAGGAGAAGGCAAGAAGGAGAAGGCAAGAAGGAGAAGGCAAGAAGGAGAAGGCAAGAAGGAGAAGGCAAGAAGGAGAAGGCAAGAAGGAGAAGGCAAGAAGGAGAAGGCAAGAAGGAGAAGGCAAGAAGGAGAAGGCAAGAAGGAGAAGGCAAGAAGGAGAAGGCAAGAAGGAGAAGGCAAGAAGGAGAAGGCAAGAAGGAGAAGGCAAGAAGGAGAAGGCAAGAAGGAGAAGGCAAGAAGGAGAAGGCAAGAAGGAGAAGGCAAUGAGAAGAAGGCAAUGAGAAGAAGGCAAUGA